ACAGCAGGGAACUGCCACGGCGGGGCUCAAACGCGACGCACCAACGAAAAAAAAAAAAAAAAAAAGAAAGAAGAAGAAGAAAAUAUUCAAAACCCCAAAAGAAAAAAUAAUAAAAAAAUAAUAAUAUAAAACAAAAAUUAAGAAAAAAAGAAAGGGGAAAAGGAAGGUCGCUGGAAAAUUGUGUUUUGCAUUUUUUUUUUUUUCAUAAAUUGCGAUUCAUUUCCGUCUUUUACUGGAUCUGAAUUUUUCCUCUGGGGAAAAAUUUUUCUCAGAGAAGGGAAAAAAAAAAAAAAAGAAAACAAUUCGAAAAAUUUUCGAUUUUUCAACUUGGCAAAAACCCUAGAGAAAUAUGUUCCGGUUUGAGCAAGAAAAGAUCCGAAAACGGCUUUGAUUUUCCGUUUAUUCUACUGUUUCUUUUUUCUCUUUUAUUCUUUCUGUUUUUCCAGUGAGGGAGAUUGAUUUUUCUCUGAUUCAAAAGAGGGGUUUUUGAACAUGGCCGAUGCUCUUUCUGUGAUUCCCGCAGCUGUGCUCCGCAAUCUUUCAGAUAAGCUUUACGAGAAGCGUAAGAAUGCUGCUUUAGAGGUUGAGGGAAUUGUCAAACAGCUUGCCGCGGCUGGGGAUCACGAUAAGAUAACAGCGGUGAUCAAGUUGUUAACUACGGAAUUUACUUAUUCGCCGCAAUCGAAUCACAGGAAGGGAGGAUUGAUAGGAUUAGCUGCUGCGACCGUUGGGUUGACAACAGAAGCUGCCCAACAUCUUGAGCAAAUUGUACCUCCUGUGCUUAAUUCUUUUUCUGAUCAAGAUAGCAGAGUACGUUACUAUGCUUGUGAAGCUCUAUACAACAUUGCAAAGGUUGUAAGGGGGGAUUUCAUAGUAUUCUUUAAUCAGAUUUUUGAUGCCUUAUGUAAACUUUCGGCAGACUCAGAUGCCAAUGUACAAAGUGCUGCUCAUCUUUUAGAUCGGCUUGUGAAGGAUAUUGUAACUGAAAGCGAUCAAUUCAGCAUUGAAGAAUUUAUACCACUGUUGAGGGAGCGCAUGAAUGUCCUGAACCCCUAUGUUCGCCAGUUUUUGGUAGGAUGGAUAACUGUUUUAGACAGUGUUCCAGAUAUCGAUAUGCUGGGAUUUCUUCCUGAUUUUCUUGAUGGUCUGUUCAAUAUGUUAAGUGAUUCUAGUCAUGAAAUAAGGCAACAAGCUGAUUCAGCUCUCUCUGAGUUUCUCCAGGAAAUCAAGAACUCCCCAUCUGUAGAUUAUGGUCGCAUGGCUGAAAUUCUGGUGCAGAGAGCAGCUUCUCCAGAUGAAUUUACUCGGUUAACGGCUAUAACAUGGAUAAAUGAGUUUGUAAAACUUGGUGGAGACCAGCUUGUUCCUUACUAUGCUGAUAUUUUGGGAGCCAUUUUACCCUGCAUAUCUGAUAAAGAAGAGAAAAUUAGAGUGGUUGCCCGUGAAACCAAUGAAGAGCUUCGUACGAUCAAGGCUGAUCCAGCUGAAGGAUUUGAAGUUGGACCAAUCCUCUCUAUUGCAAGGAGGCAAUUAUCCAGUGAAUUUGAGGCUACUAGAAUUGAAGCAUUACACUGGAUAUCAACCUUAUUAAACCGACAUCGUACUGAGGUCUUGAGUUAUCUGAACGACAUAUUUGAUACUCUUCUCAAAGCACUUUCAGAUCCUUCUGACAAGGUGGUGCUUCUGGUUCUUGAAGUUCAUGCAUGCAUCGCAAAAGAUCCACAACAUUUCCGUCAUCUUGUUGUUUUCCUGGUACACAAUUUCCGGGUUGAUAAUUCUCUUCUGGAGAAACGUGGUGCUUUGAUAAUCCGUCGACUUUGUGUACUUUUGGAUGCUGAAAGGGUCUAUAGGGAACUCUCUACAAUACUAGAAGGUGAAUCUGAUCUGGAUUUUGCAUCCAUUAUGGUUCAGGCUUUGAACUUGAUUUUACUUACAUCCUGUGAAUUAUCUGAACUUCGAAAUCUUCUAAAACAAUCACUUGUGAAUUCCUCGGGGAAGGACUUGUUUGUUUCUUUGUAUGCUUCGUGGUGCCACUCACCCAUGGCAAUUAUAAGUCUCUGCUUAUUAGCUCAGACAUAUCAACAUGCGAGUGCUGUGAUUCAAUCUCUGGUGGAGGAGGAUAUUAAUGUCAAAUUUUUGGUCCAGCUGGAUAAGUUGAUUCGGUUGUUGGAAACUCCAAUCUUUGCAUAUCUUAGAUUACAGCUUCUUGAACCUGGAAGAUAUAUAUGGUUGUUGAAAGCCUUAUAUGGUCUUUUAAUGCUCCUUCCCCAGCAAAGUGCAGCCUUCAAGAUACUACGAACCCGUUUAAAAACUGUGCCAUCAAACUCAUUCGGUGGUGAUCAACUAAAGCAGAGUUCUUCUGGUAACCCUUAUCAGAUUCUACAUCACAUCCAAGGUGGAUCACAAAUCACUGAAGAUGGUGACAUAAACCAGGACAAUAAGAAUUCACAUAAUGGAAUUAACUUCGUUGCAAGAUUACAACAGUUUGAGCAUAUGCAGCACCAGCAUCGGCUGCAUGCCAAAUCACAUGUACAAUCUCUCGGUAAUCCCACUUCUACAUUAACAAAGGAGGUGCAAAGACCUGAAGAACCCAGGAGACCAUCAUCGGACAUUAAUAAGCCUCCGUCAAAAACAUCAAGGAGAGGGCCCGGGUAGCUGAUGGUAAUUGUAUACUGAUCUCAGCAUAUGCAAAGCCAUGAAUGAGAUCUCUGGUAUAAUGUGUAAAAUUGUAUAUCAUAGAUUGUUCUGUUGAACCCCUAUGGAGGUUGGGAUAUUUAAAAUUGGGUUUUCGAAUUGAGAUAGGCUCAGUCUUGGCUGAGCUAUUCUUUCGACUUUGUAAACGGAACAAGCCCACGUGGUUCUGGUUUUUUGUUUUGUUUCUUUUUUUUUGUUUUUUUUGUUUUUUUUUAAAUUGAAAACUAUGUGGGCUAGAGGGAGAUAUUUAAAAUUUUAGAAGAUGCAGUUUGUUCUUUUCUGUUCCAUACAGCAAUGUUCAUAUGAAGAAAAAAAUAAUAAUAAGAAUCAGCUAAUUCGUGUACACAA